ACUUACCGCAUUGUUCAACAAACGAUUUGUUUUCUUUUUUUUAUAUAAUAACAGUAAUAAUUCAUAAUCAUAUGUUGUUGUCAGGAUCAAGAACUGGGCUGCUUUGUAGUGAAAGUUGAAUUCGGGGUACAACUGUGCGCACUACAAGGGGGCCCUUAAAGGGAAUGGAGUUUUAAUCUGAUCUUUCUUUAGUUUUCAAAAUUUCUGACUCUUCUGGACUGGGACAGAAGAUAUUGCAAAGUUACUACUAAAAAGAUUAAACGCUCAUUGUCUUUACGUGAAAGAAAAGUUUUGGAAAAUUAGUUUGUCGAUAUAGGACGACUUCGCCCUAACAAUACACGACGUCAACUAACAUUUAGUAUUGAACUUUGGAAUAUGUAUACAAGGACAACACAAUCGUCGAUGCGUACAAAUAAUUCUGUAGAAGCAUUACGUCGUCGUAUAGGAUGUGUAUUUUGAAUGCGCACGCUUCGGUCAUCUUUACAAAAACUAAUUCUUGAAGAACAUGCAACACCUGCUGAUAUUGUUCAUAUAAAUCGUAGCGAAGCACCAAAACACAAAAAUAAAACAAAUAAACGGUUUGAAAGACGUCUUUUAAAUCUUUUAUUGCAUCCACAUGACGAUAUUCUUAUACAACUAAAUACUAUUGCACAUAAUAUUUGCUUAUAAAAUAAAGAUUUCUUUGUUAAUUAUGUAAUAAAAAAUUUAAUAUUUUAUAUACUAGUGUAUUGAAUAAAUUGAUUAAGUUAACUUUCUCUUAAAUUUUUUUAGCUGUUUAUGAUACAAAAGAUUUAAUGGAUAAAUUAUAAAUUUGUGCUCAUGGUUCCUAGUGCUCAACUUUCUUCCCAUUCAGCUGUCCUCAUGCCCAAUUUUCCUACUGUCCACAUUUCCUAAUACUCAGUUUUCCCGUGCUUACCUUUCUGUGCUGAAGUUUCUUCGUGCUCAGGUUUCACCCACCCAGAGGACGGAUCACGCACGAUUUUCCUUUCAAAAACAUUUGCACUCUGUCAAUACAUAUUGAGGAGUUAGGAGUUAUUGGUCGGUUUAUCAACCUGCCCAGUUUCUCCCGACGAUCAAUUUCUAAAUUAUAAAUCUAUGUUGAUGCUUCCGGUUCCCCCGUCCUCUAUAUCGAUGCUGCGAAAAUUUAUUGAAUGUUCCAAAAGUUUGGAUGGUGAUCUGACUUGCAGUAAGAUCUCAAAAUGACUCUUCUUCGAGAAAUAUCUCCUUUGCACUCAAAUAUUUCGAUAAUAAUCCCGCAUCUAGAUUUGCGCUAGUUACAGCUUUUUACCAAUUACUUGUAAAAUUGUAAUUGUCACAACCGCAACUGCUCAUAACUGUUAGACAAAUAUUCUAGAGUGAGUUAGUCUUGUACAAUUCGCAUACGUUCUCGGACCGUUCUCACUCUUAAAAUGUACAUAAAGCGUACAAGGCUAACUCAUUCUAGAAUAUUUGUCUAACAGUUAUGACAGUUACAGUUUUAUAGUUAACUGUAACUAGUGCAUGCCUGCAACGGUGCUAGUUAUAACAAAACUAAAUUAGCCCUGAUCAUUUCCUGUUCGUCGCUGACACAGUGAGUGAAUAAUAACAGGUAUGUGGAGAAGAGAACAAGACAAAGCUUUCUUCACUUACCUGAAUAUAGAUGUGAAACAUGGUAAAGCACAUGCAUUUGACAAAAAAGUGGCUGUUACAUAGAAACAUAUUUCACUCUUUCUGAUGUGCUGACUCGAUAGACAAGAAGAGAAUAAUCGUCCACAACAGCAACAAUACAAUAAUACACACGAACUCCUAUUCACCUACCGAAACGAAAAGGCAAGUCGAUAUCAAAUACUAGUAGUUCCUACACCGGCUGCAACGUGAUGCUUGUCUCUCUUCGACUCCUCUUCUGCAGUUCAUGCCUAGAAAAAGUUGGAAUGAGCUAAUCAUUACAUUGAUUGAACUACAAUCAAUAUAGGCAUCAAUAUAGUACAUUGUACUUAAAUACCACUAGUAAUUCGCUUACAAUCCUUUGUAUGUUGAAUAACUCGUUUAUAUCUCGAGCAGCUUCUCUGAUUCUUUGAUCCUCUAUUCCUCCGUUCCGCUAUCGUGUAUUUCUCUAUUCUGUCCGCUAUCCUGUGUCUAUUCCUGUGUUCCACUAUCCUCUAUUCCUCUACUAUUGUUGUAUUCUACUGUUAUACAACGUUUGAUUCAGUCCCAAUUCGUCGACACGUUAAUUGAUUUUCCUAACAAUUUCCAACAUUUCACUUUAUAAUAAUUUUUACGUAGGUGUAUACAGAAACUUCGUUUUCUUUUCUAAUUGAUCUGACAUAGAGUUAUGUGGGAUAAAAAGAGUCAGUGCACGAAAUUUCCUUCGUAAUUUCAUCAUUUCUCAUCCAUUUUUAACUGAACAAAUUCAAUAUUAGCUACGUUGGUAGAGACGAUAAUUAUACACGCACUAGUGCAACCAUUUCCUGAAAAUUCAUGUUGGUUUUUAUAAAUCAGUACAAAAUUACAGUAUUCUUCGAAAAGAUGAGUUUUGUUAGUAGUUAAUGCUCUAUGAAAGCUUUUAGCACUUCAAAUGAAUAGUACCAUCGCUUAUAUCAUGAUCUCACUGCGUACAUGAUAUAUGAUGGUAGUACCGAUUCAGAAAUCAUAGAAUCAUAGAUCACUUUUCUGAAGUUGUACUGAUAAGACGUACCACGUGAUAGCAUUAACUACUAACAAAACUCAUCUUUUCGAAGAAUACUAUAAUUUUGUACUGAUUUAUUCAGCUCCAAUUUUGUUCAAAGUAACAAUAUGGCAUUGAAUGAACCAGUUCCACCAGAUAUUAAUGGCAAAUUGGGUAUCGAUUCACCAUCGGAUGAUGAAAAGGAAAUGCCGAAUGGUGUAGUGCUUAGUUCGAAAUUAAAUUUAGCAUUUGUACGUUACUCAGAUUUUACACAAACAUCGAAUGUUUUAUUAAUAUUCACUAAUGACACAUAUACAUUCGAAGAACUACAUAACAAUGAAAAAUGGUUGAAAAUGUUAUGUGAAAAGAAAUUCAAGAUCGUCGUCGUCAGAGGAGCAUUGCUGUGA